AUGGUUGACAUUUUCAGGUACGAGUCUAACAGCUUCUCCAUGGCAGAACACGGCGGAACACACCUUGAUGCGCCUGCGCACUUCUGGAAAGGCGGCUGGCGUGUGCACGACAUCCCGCUGACACGUUUCAUUGGUCCAGGGGUCGUUAUCGAUAUCUCAGCGCGUGCCCAGCAGAACCCGGAUGCACAGGUGGAAGUGGCAGAUCUUCUAAAGUGGGAAGAGGAUCACGGGAAAAUCCCUGAGCGAGCAAUGGUUCUUAUGAACUCGGGCUGGAGCCAGCGCUGGCCGAACAAAACACUGGUGUUCGGAUCUCGAACGCCCGACGAUUCUUCGACCUUCCACUUUCCCGGCUUCAGCCCGAAGGCCUCUCAAUGGCUGGUUGACAAUAGGAAACAUAUCAACGCCAUCGGCGUAGACACGCCCUCUGUAGAUUAUGGCCAAUCACGCGAUUUCGAGACUCAUGUGAUCACUGCAGGCGCCAGCCUCGUUUGUCUGGAAAACAUAGCUCACUUAGACAAGAUACCAGUCAAGGGAGCCACAAUAAACGCGAUCCCCAUGAAAAUCCGCGACGGAAGUGGAGCUCCAGUGAGAAUGUUCGCCAUUAUGAAUAACGUCAACGCGGCGCAGGACGUCCACUUCGCAAAAAUAUCAUUCCUGGUUAUAUUAGUCGCCAUUACCUUCACAUAGAAAUCUAAAUGUGUUUUAAACCAUCCACCGACCAACUACCGACCAACCACCGACCAUACACCGACCACAUGCAGAUUGUGGAAAAUGUUACCAAAUGUAACUUGGACAAGGUACAAGUCAAACGUGCCACAAUAUACACAGUGCUAUUCUAACGCCCUCUCAGCUGUAGAUUCUCUUUGAAAAUGUGCGCUUUGAAACUUAUCAUGAAAUACGUCAAAGCGAGGAAC